AUGUCCUUCUUCAUCAGGAGAGUAUGGGAAGCCAUGGUUAAACCGGCCAGGAUGGUCGGUAAAGACCUUGACGGAAAUAGGUACUACGAAAUCCCUAUCGCAGGCCGGACGACUCGCACAAGUCGCUCUGUCCGAUACAAGUCCAAGGAGGACGAGUACGCAUACAUUGCUCGUCAGAAGCUGCUACCAGUACAAUGGUCUGCUUGGCUUAGCCACACGCGUCAGAACGCACCCACCAUGGAGGAACUCCUCGCCGACGCCGAGCGCCAACGCCGCCUGCAAAUGAAAGUCGCCAUGAUCGAAGCCCGGGAGGCCGAAGAACGCGCCCAACGCGAGCUGCUCUCCGAACCCCAGUCCUUCAGCCCCUCGCCUGCCACCGCCGGCGACCCCCUCCCCGCACACCCCAUCGGCGCCCGAAUAGCUGAGAACGCGCAAUCCGCGCAAGAAACCGCACAAGCCCUCGAGCAGGCAACCGCCCCGCAGGUCGAGCGGGCGACCACGCUGGUCGAUGAAGCAGCUACCCAGGCAGCCCAGCCUACCGCACAGACUGCGCACCCCACUUCCGAACCCGCUCAACCGUCGACAUCGACGACUCAGCCUGGCGGACCUGCUGCCGCUGCGACGUCAACACCUUCACCGUUCGAUGAACACGCACCGAAACCAGGCAGCGAUCAACCUGAACCCUGGAAUCCCGCCCCCGCUCGCAGAGUACGACGCGGGGAGUGACAUCGCACGCGCUCGCUAUGGCAGUAUCCCAAUAGCGUAGCAUGACCACCUCUCAAUCCCAUAUGAUGCGCCGCCUUGAACAGCGUUUCCUGCGUCUGCCAAAUCCGGACCAUUGAAGUGCGCAAAAAUUCAUACAAAUACAAUGCCCUGCCCUUUACGAUAUAUACACCUUCCUCAACUGCCCGAACUCCACCUCCUCCC